AUGUCAAGUCCUGAGGGACCCGCCAAGCGCGCCAAGACUGUGUUAGCUGCCACCUCCGUCUCCCCUUUGCAAUGUCCGCCUACAACUUUGGCCAUGCCAGUCGUGACCACUGCAAGCCUAGUCUCAUUGCCGGCAAGACAUACCUCCAUCCCAUCUUUUAACCCGCCAAUCAAAAGACCUGCUGGCUCCAACUCCAACGAAACCGACACGAGCGGUGACAUUCAUCAGCUAGAAAGUGACGAGUCUUCAAGCUCACAUUCAACGGAAAACGGGUCCAACUCCAGUGAUUCGCAUCGCAGCAAUCGACCUGUCGUUUCCCGCGGAACGCAAACAGACUUGGUGUUCGAACCCAGCCUCUUCAAUGCGCAGCCGGACAGCUCCAUCUCGUCGCAAAGUGCCAAGGAUGAUAGCGCCAACACCUUUCCCUCGGGAUCCGGUACCAACUUUGGUUCAGGCUCAGGCUCGGGCUCGGGCACGGGCACGGUUACCAACUUUGGUUCGGGCUCGGGGUCUGGUGUUGGCUCAGGGUCUGGGUCAGGAUCAGGCUCUGAUCGGCCUCGCGUUGGCAAGACGCGACCUGGUGCGGCGCCAAGUGGGACGAACAGCAGCAGCUUGCGCGGCAGCAAUCAAGACUCAAGCAGCCUUCACAGUGGCAGCAGUGUCACAGACCGCAGUGGUAGCCACGAGGACCGCAGCGGCAGUGGCAACAACUCAAGUGACAGUGGAGAUGCCCUCAUUCGCCAUCACCGCGCUACACGAAGUACCAGUCUCGAGCACAAUCCACAUGGUACCAAUGGCGUCCAUGUUCGCGUGACACCGGAAAAUACAUCAAGCAAUAGUUCAGAAACUGGCGAUCAGACCAAGGAUUCAUCUUCAACGUCAUACCAGCACAGUUCCACGCCGCCGUUGGACCACGCCCAUGCAAGCCCGCAGCAGGCCCGAGUUUCCAGCAAGCUGCCUCGUCCAAAUAACCUACCUGGUAUAGGUGACAACACAGAUACCACCAAGGACGACUCGAGCAGCGGCAACGAUCAGACCACGUCCACCAACACCUCGAGCCAACGCGUCACCAGCGAAAGCGGAACCGGCAGCGGCACAGGUAGCUCGGGUGACACACGCAGCCAUCAACAUAGCAACACCAGCAGCAGUCUACCGAGCGGGGGACAGAGCCUCGUUCAGUCGACGAGUCAAAGUGGGCGGGGCAGCGAGGAAAACAGUGAUCAAGAAAGCAGUCACUCAGGCAGCAAUGGCCGAGAAGAGCACGGUGAUGGCACCAGCAGUCACAACUCUAGCGAUAUCCAAGACUCGGGCUCCCAGGCUCCUGGUACCAACGCCUCCCAGUCUGUGGUUGAUGAUACAGGUCGCUACGUGUGCCCUGUGUGCUCGCGCAGCUACCAGCGCAAAUCCCACUUGAAUCGGCAUCUCAAAUCCCACGCAGAGAAAUACGAUUUUCGCUGCGGCAUUUGUGGCCGGGAUUUCUACCGCAAGGAUCAACUCAGUCUGCAUCUUCGAACGCAUGUUGAAGAGGGUUCCUUUGUGUGCCCCGUCGCGACCUGUAGCAAGACGUUUCGCAAACAGCGCAGUUUGGAGCAGCACCUGAUCAUGCAUAAACUAUCCAAGCAGAACGACGGAGGCAAUCAUGUUCGCAACAACUCACAUGGCCUGGGAUCUCACGCUUGCCGCCUCUGCGGGCAGCGAUUUCCCACCUUUGUAGCAGUGGUGCAGCACGAGAACCAACACAUUAUGGGGUCUGUGGAGCCCGCUGGUGGCUCGCCACGCAACCACAACAUGCCGACAAAUGCCACGUUUCUCCAACAAAUGCCCACCAUGCCAGCCAUGUACCACCUGCAUGGACAACAGAAUCACGGUGCCCCCAUGCCGCUGGGCCAUGCGUCGUUGCAAGGCAUACCGCCCGCGUUCCAACCAGGUUAUGGUUACCCACAUUUGGCGCCACAGAUGAGUGGGGCGGGCCCGACCCCUGUGGGCCAGCCCAAAUUUGUGCAGGCGGCCCCACCAUUUUGGCCAUCAAUGCUAGCCGUGUCUGGAACGCAAGCUAACAUGGACCCUUACUCGGCGGGCCCGGCGUUUACGCACGCACCCUCGGACAAUGCUAUUGAUCAAGUCAAGAAGGCUCAUCCCAACUACCCAAAUGGUUCCGCCGAUUAG